AUGAAUUCUGCCUCGGGGCGUGCCGGCGUCAUUCGCGCUCGUGACGAUGCUUCCAGCAUGGACAAGCUGGUUCAUUCCGUCCUCGACGAUAUACUCUACAAUGUCAUUUCGGACUUGGCCAUGAAGGUUCACCGGGACGAAAAGACGGCCAAGGCCACCACGGCGGCAAUCCGAGUCGAGAAGAUGGCGUCGGACGCUUCCGCCAGCUCGUCGCCCGACUCACGACCCGACAUUCGAGUCGAGACGGAUUCUGCCCUGUACCAAGAUGGAAGAGUCCUGCUAAAGGGCAACCCCCUCGCGACAAUACGGGACAUUUUGUGCCCCAAAUGCCAGCUACCCCGGCUACUGCACCCGACCGACGGCAAGGGAGCCCGAAAGCCCGACCCGGCCGUCAUCUACUGCAAAAAGCACCCUUACAUUGACAAGCCGGGCUGCGACAUUUACGGCCAGAGCUGGGUAGCGCCGGGGCCCGGGCGAGGCAAGAAGAAGAAGGACGUGGAGAAGAAGGAGGACGGCACGCCAGAGCAGCGACCCCCCAACGUGCUCUCCUUCCCGUCGGCAACCUGCAGCAAAUGCAAACGAUGCAUCCUCGUCACCCGACUGAACAACCACAUGGGCUCCUGUAUCGGCAACAGCGGCCGGAACGCCAGCCGAGCCGCCGCGCAGAAGCUCAACGGCAAUUCCCAAAACGACUCGACGCCGCCGUCGUCGCAAAAGGCGACCCCGACGCCGGGCUCCCGCGCCGGCAGCCCUCGAAAACGAGACGCUAGCGAAGACGACGCAGAUUCGGACGCGAGCCACCAGAAGAAGAAGCUGAAGCCCUCGGCCAGCAGCAGCUUGACCAAGAAGGUCAUCAUCAAGACGAAACCCACCUUGAAGAAGAAGGACAAGACGAAAGGGGCAUCUCAACUGAGCCAGGAGCACAGGUUGGAUUCGGGCUCCCCAGCCUCGAACGGGAGAGGGACGCCAAAACCUUCAACCAAGAACGGGAGCCCUGUCAAGAAGAUCAAGACGGCCAAGCCGGCCCAUAGCUCGCCAAUGUCCAAGACUGGGAGAGAUGUUGACGCCAUGUCGGAAAUAUCCGACGCCAUGUCGUCGCCGCCGCCGGGAAAGUAG